AUGAAAAGCAAAGAAGUGGACAUAUUUUCUUGUAAUUUGGUGAACAAUCUUUUCCACUUGAGCUCACUCAACUCUUUUCCACAAGCAGGGAAGUUAUGGGCAUUUUUCUUAGUCUUUAACAAUAGCCCAAAACUUUGGAUAAAUGAUGACCUUUCGUUUGGUCAGAACACCUUGUUUUGGCUCCUUGUUGGUUACGUGUGGUUCCCAUUGCGGUCAGCCAAUCUUGACAAUGCACUGGAUUCGAAGGAGAUGGAAGAAGAAGUUGACAAGGUCUUGACAGCAAUUGCUGGUGAGACUGUUCCACAGCUCCCAGAAGCAGUCAGGAAGGAGAAGAUGAAGCAGCCAGCUCAGGCAGCACCACAGGAAGUAGCUAUAGCCGAAGAAGUUGAUAAUGAGGAAGAACUAAAAGAAAUAAGGGCUAGACUUGCAAAAGUUAUGUCAUAACUCAUAAGUCAAGCUUUUAGCCUUUGCCUAUUCUCCUUGCUUAAUGAGCUGCCUU